ACGCUGCGUUUUGGCGCCUUCAUACAAGUUCCAAGCCAGCCAGAGUGAAGAAGCAAGAGAAAGAGAAUUGAAUCAUUGAGGCGGCGGUCUAAUGGCGGAGAAACCUCAACCGGUCGUCGUUCAGUACUGUCAAGUUUGCGGUCUGCCACCUGAAUACUGCGAAUUUGGACCCGAAUUCGAAAAAUGCAAGCCCUGGUUGAUCCAAAACGCGCCGGAUCUUUACCCGGAUCUCCUCAAAGCAGCUAAUGCCAAUGAAGCUGAUAAAGUUGCUGAUCAAUUGCAAUCCACUGGCAUUUCUUCAGCUGAUUCAGGUGGUAGUUCAGAAGCUAAGCAAGAGGAAGUUAAGCGUCUUCCUGGUGGGAAAAUUAAAAAGAAGGAGAAGAAAGAAGUUAUCAUUGAAAAGGUUGUGCGCAACAAGCGCAAAUGUAUAACCACUGUAAAAGGCCUGGAACUUUUUGGUGUAAAAUUAAGUGAUGCUUCAAAGAAACUAGGAAAGAAGUUUGCUACUGGUGCCUCUGUUGUAAAGGGUCCGACUGACAAGGAACAGAUUGAUGUUCAAGGAGACAUAUCUUAUGACAUUGUGGAAUUCAUUACAGAAACCUGGCCUGAUGUCCUGGAAACAUCAAUUUUCUUUAUCGAAGAUGGAAAAAAGGUUCCAGCUGCUUGACUUUGAAAGGAAAGAUGAGACAUGAUAGGGGUUGCAGUAUGUCUUUUCACUGUUAAAUGUUAAUGGGACUCUAUAAGAUGUAUAAUUCUAUCAAAUUCAGAAGUUCUGCUUUUCAAAAUUCAACUUUUCCUUCUUUAAGAGUCGCAUUCUACUCUUUUGCUGAAAUAGUAUAAUUUUUGCAGUUGAUGAACAUAUAUGUGCAUUCAAUCAACAGAUGCAGCAUGUAUAGUGGCAACUAUAAAUGGUGUACACUAGUUGCAUUUAAUGUAGACUUCCCUUAUCAAGAUGC